UAGUUGUGGUAGUUGUUUCAUUGUAAAAAUCAAGGAAGUAGUAAACAAAUAUUCAGCCAAUAAUCUUGUAUUGAGAUAAUAAAAUAUUGGCAGAUAUGGAUUCAGAUAUUGGAGAUAUGUUUACCAUUCUCAGCUUCUUGAAGCUCUGCAAAAUGUACAAAAAACUUAAGCGUAGGAAACCCCUAGUAAAGAAGCAUGCGGCAUCUCGAUAUAAAUACCCAAAUAGAAUUCCUCUGCUAUCCUUGCAAAAAAUGCGUCCGACACAGCAAAAGUUUUCAGAACCAAUUCAACAUGAUUCUAAGGAGUCUAUGGAGGAAAAUUUGGAAGCGUAUACAGUGAUACCAGAUGAUCAGAUUGAAGUAUACGACGAGUACAUUGAAACAAAAGCCAACGACGAAGAUAACCAUGUCCAGUACCAUGAAAAUGAUGAAUUAAUGUCGACAAUAGUCGAAGAGAAACCCAAAAUAAUAAUGGAAGCCAUACCCCAAGAAGAGGCAUAUACAGACCAAAACUAUCAAUACGAAAUAUCAUUUGAGGUCAAUGGAGAACGCCGACAUGUGGUACUCGGCAAUGGUGCUGUUGACACGGAAUGCGAAACAAAAUAUGAAAGUCAGGAAAUUGACGAGAAUGCCAUAUGUUAUGACAUUUGCGCUGACGAGCAAGAAGUUCUUGUAGAAAGUACCGAAGAAAUACAGGCGGUUGAAGUAUGUCCAGACGAGGAGCAGGAGGAAUUUUGCUACGAAGUGAACGCUGAAGAAAUCGAGGAAGAAUAUCAGGUGCAAGAAGAACAAGUGCAAGAAUAUCAAGUGCAAGAAGAUCACAUGCAGGAAGAUCAAGUGCAAGAAGUUCAAGUGCAUGAAGUUCAAGUGCAAGAAGUUCAAGUGCAAGAAAUUCAAGUGCAAGAAGUACACGUGGAAGAAGAUCAAGUGCAAGAAGUUCACGUGGAAGAAGAUCAAGUGCAAGAAGAGCACUUGCAAGAUCCACCAAAAAAACGACGUCGUCGUAGGCGCCGAGGAGACAAUGCCGAACUCGAUGAAGAAAAUGAGGUCAAAGAAAAAAAGCCAAGAACGCGUAGCUUCAAAGUGCGUCCUGAAAAUCUAAACCGUCAUCAAGAUGGCUUCUUUGGACGAGUUUUCUUGGAUGUUAAGGUCCAUAACGAGGAACAAUUUAUACUCCUUACUAGAAUGAAGCGAAAUGCUUUCGAAAAGCUAUUGAAAUUGAUGUUCAAAGCGAUGAGCAAACGUGCUCAGCAUAUUUAUCCAGAGGAAAGACUGUCUGUUACUUUACUAUAUUUGGCUCAUGCCACUCCGUUCGACGUUAUUGCCAAACACUACAAACUGGGAAAAACAACUAUACGGAAUUUGGUACUUGAAACAUGUGAAAUUUUAUAUGAAAUUCUCGGCCCUAUAUAUUUACGAGAACCCACAUCUGAAGACUUUCUAAAAAUCGCACAAGACUUUAGAAAUACAUGGAAAUUACCCAAUUGUGUGGGAGUCAUUGAUGGAAAGCACAUAAAUCUAAAGAAACCCAGAAGAACGUUGCUGGAAGAAUAUAAUCUGACAGCAAUGACCAGUUUAGUUCUAAUGGCCGCCUGUGAUGCAAAGCAUAGAUUCCGUUCGGCAACUGUUACAGUGGAAGCUCAUCAGUCAACAUUUGCCAAAGGAAUUAUGAAUAAUACAUUACCCCUACCACCCAAUGCACCACUGGUAGAUGGUUCAUCAAAUGAAUUUCCCUAUUACUACAUUGGUGAUACAACAUUUCCUUUGCGUUCCAAUUUAAUGCGACCCUAUGAUACCUCUACUUUGGAUGAUAAAAAACUUGUAUUUAAUUACAAGUUAUCUCACGGUCAGGCAAUUCUGGAAAACACCUUCAUAAUGCUAACCUCCAUGUGGAAAGUGCUGCUCACAACCUUUGACAUAGCCCCAUUAAAUUGUGAAUCGAUUAUUAUGGCAUGCAUUGUUUUACAUAACUUUGUCAUGAUGAAUGGCGAGGAUCGAUGGCAUAAUUCGGAUGGGACUUUAAACGCUGAAUUGCCACAUAACUAUGAUGAGAACACAGAUUGGAUCAGUGUGGAAACGUCUCAAUUUCAAACGGCAUUGGAAUCGAUAACCAAAUUCGGAGGAGAGUGUAAUGGUACCGGUAAUGAGCUGCGAGAUACACUAGCGGAACAUUUUUACCAAGAUGGAUCAGUUGAAGCUUCAGCAGUUAUAUUUGAAAUGUAACAACAUUUAUUAUUUAUUUAAAAAAAAUUAUUUU